CGCCAUGCGUCCGGCCUGCACGUCGGCCUGCACCACGGCCUGCAGUGUGUCCGCCACGUGAAACUCCCUGACCCUGAUGGCGGGCGGGGGCGGCGGCGGCGAGGCCCGCUCCGUGGCCCUGGAGACGGCCUACGUGCACGAGGUGUACGAGGAGAUCUCCGGCGCCAGCAGCUCGUGGAACUGCAGCUGCAACUGCAACACCGCGCCCAGCGGCCGCGCCUGGCCCAAGGUGGCGCAGUUCCUGCACGACCUGGAGCCGGGGGCACUCGUCUGCGACGUCGGUUGCGGCAACGGGAAGUACCUGAGCAUCAACCCGGCCGUGUUCAAGAUCGGGGUGGACCGGUGCCUGUCGCUCACGGAGCUGGCCAGAGAGAAGGAACAUGAGGUGCUGGUGUGCGACAACCUGGCGCUGCCCUUCCGGGACGAGUGCUUCGACGCGGUGCUGUCCGUGGCCGUGGUGCACCACCUGGCCACCACGGAGAGGAGGGUGUCCGCCAUCCGCGAGCUGGCCAGGGUGCUGCGCAUCGGCGGCAGGCUCAUCAUCACCGUCUGGGCCAUGGAGCAGCGCCACCGGAAGUUCGAGUCGCAGGACGUGCUGGUGCCGUGGCACCGGCCGCAGCAGCUGAGCACGCCGUCGCUGGAGCUGACCUCGACGACGACCACCAGCGAGGAGGACCUGCACCCGCCGUACCACGCGUACACGCAGACCUCGGACUCGGACUCGUGCCGGUCGGGGAGGGAGGGGCCGCAGCGCCGGCGCCGCCACCGCGGCCACGGCCGCUCCAUCGACACGGGCCGGCCGGUGUCGUCGUCGCAGUCCUCGUCGUCGCUGUCCUCCCCCAACGAGACCUGCUACUCGUUCGUGCGGCGCGCGCUGCAGAAGCUGGCGGGCGGCAAGCGCUCGGCGCCCUGGUUCCUCGACUCGUGGCACCAGGGCCUGCACCAGGGCCUGCACCAGGGCCUCAAGGACAUGCCCGGCCCGCGGCGCCACGAGCCCGAGGGCUGCGAGGACAGCGACAUCCAGGACCUGCCCAUCGAGCUGCGCCGCCUGGAGGAGGACCUGGAGCCGCCGCAGGGCGCGUCGUCGCAGUCCGGGCGCCGCCAGACGCUGGCCUGCCCGUCGAGCGACCACGGCGCGGACCACGGCGCCGACAUGCUGCCGCUGUACCUCAAGUCCAAGUCGCUGAGCGACAUCCUGAGCACGGAGCCGCGGCGGGCGCGGGACGCGCAGCCCAGCGCCCUGCUGGCCAGCAGCCAGCAGGUGCAGUCCAGCUCGUCCAGCCUGAGCCUGAGCGUCGGCAAGCCGCGCCUGGUCAAGCAGAAGCAGUCCAUGUGCGAAGAGGCGGCGGAGGCCGAGGUGGAGCAGGAGGAGGCCGCCGGCGGGGACCAGCCGACCGACAUGCGCAACCUGGUGCGCGCGCUGCCGGACUUCAAGCGCCUUCACGGCCUGCACGGCCUGCAGGGCGGCCACCACGGCCACGGCGCCCUCCUCGGCCACGGCCACCUGCUCGGCCGCUCGCCGCGCCUCAACGUGUUCAAGCAGAGCUCCAUGAACGAGGAGCUCAUGUCCACGGAGCGGCUGCGCGAGAAGGAGCGAGUGAGACAGAACAUCCAGAAGCAGGCGUCGCUCAACGAGGAGCUCAUGUACAGGCCCGGCGCGCCGCCGCCCGGCACACUGGACUCCCUCCGGGACACGCUCUUCUCCGCGUCCACUGCCAAGCGGUUCCAGCUGCUCAAGAUCGGACUGACUAGCAAGCUCAAGAGCUCAACGACCAACAUAGAGAAGGUGGCCGGGACCUCGCUGAAGAACGGCUUCGUGCGGAUGCUGCAGGGCUGGAAGCAGGCCGGGGAACCGUCGCCCCACACCUCCCCCUCGCCGUCGCGGCAGGCCAGCUGCACCACGCCCAGCGGGUCGCUGACGCCGUCCACGCCGCCGCCAGACAUGUACGGCCUGAAGCGGCCCUCCAGCGGCAGCAUCAACGGCGCCGAGGACAUGAGGGACAUGCGCGGCAGGAGCUGCUCGUCGGGCUCGGGCUCCGGCGGGGAGCGGCGCCACUCCAGGGAGGACGGCUCGGACUCGUCCAAGGACUCCAGCCUGCAGAGCGACACGAGCGUCGACUCGGAGGACAGCUUCGCGUCGGUCAUCUACGUGCCCAAGGCCGACCAGUUCAUGAGCGACCCGCUGGGCCCCAAGACGCCGUCGCCCACACUGUGCACGUCGGCGCCGGCCUCGCCGCAGCCCAGCUCCAUGCCCGGCUCCCUGCCCAGCUCGCCCAAGUGUAGUGAAUGCGCCCUGUUUCUUUCCCCAGCGGGAAGCCCGGGGGCGGGCCGCGGCAUGUUCCCGCUGGUGCGGCGGUCGUCGGGCAGCCUGCCCCGGCCCGCCCCCACGCGCGCCGCGCCGCGCCUCAUGUCCCUGGAGCUGUUCAACCCCGAGACGGACGACGUGGACUCGGACUCGAGCGGCGUGUCGUCGCCGGACAGCGUGGACAGCGUCAUCAGCGUGGCGCUCACCAAGACCUCGGCGGACGGCGGCAAGGAGGCCGCCGCCGACGUGGCCAGCAGCCUGGAGGACGCCGUGGAGGCCGUCAUCAAGGCCAGCCCCAGGGCCCGGCGCAAGCAGGUCACGCUGGACGCCGCCGACCUCAGGGUGGCGCUGGAGGACGACGUGGCCAGGUCGAGCUGGAGUCUGCAGCUGAGCCCCGACAACUCCCCGAACCCCUCCAACAUGAGGAGCAAGUCGCGCAUCAAGGAGUCCGUCAGCAGGUUCUCGCUGCCGGGCAGCCUGGGGGCGGCCAGCCUGGCCAGCCGCACGGAGGGCACCGUCUUCCGGUUCCCCCAGACCAGCAGCCCUUCCAAGGCGGACAGCGUUCGCGCCGGGCGCCGCGCCGACUCCGCCGGCCGCCUGUACGAGGCCAUGGACCGCGCCGACUACACCAGCCUGGGUGCCAUCCCCAAGGACUUCGGCCUCCUCAGCACCAAGACCAACGAGCCCGAGGCCAUGGGUCGCGCGGACUACACCAGCCUGGGCGCCAUCCCCAAGGACUUCGGCCUCCUCAGCACCAAGAUCCACGAGCCCGAGGCGACGGGCAGCGCGGACGGCUCGGCGCUCACCCUCACCGCCAUCCCGGAGACGCCGGACCCCUUCGGCCUGCAUGCGUCGCAGGCCGGCCAGCUGCAGUCCCCGGUGGCGCCCAAGAGCGCGGACCACAGCCCCUCCAAGCUGGGGCGCAGCGUGCCGCCGCUGCACCUGGCGGGCUUCGCCGAGCAGCUGAGCGAGCGCCUCCUGGAGGAGAUCGAGCGCUACCGCGAGGACGGCGCCGUCCGCGACCUGGCGCGCCUGGGCGAGGAGCUGCAGGGCCUGAGCAAGCUCAGCCUCGAGCUGCGGGAGCGGCCGAGCGCGCCGGGGCCCUUCGACAAGGUGCUGGCGAGCCUGGCCAAGAACGUGGACUCGUCGUGCGAGCUGCUGUCGCGGCUCACCAAGAACGCGUCGCUGCCCAGCCUCCGCAGCGUGGACUCGUCGGAGGCGCUGACGGGGGUGUCGAGCCUGAGCAGCUCCAUCCGCUCGACGCGCAGCACGGACGGCGACUCGGCGCCGCACAGCGAGCUGGCCAGCGAGGCCUCGGACGCGGAGCCGCUGCGGCCGGGCUGCUCCGUGGAGUCCAGCGACGGCGGCGACUUCUCGGAGCGGACGGGCACGGGCAGCGUGAGCGGCACGGACAGCCGCCGCGACACGAGCUACACGAGCUACACCAGCUACACGAGCUACACCAGCUCGGCCAGCCACGGCAAGACGGCCAGCUCGGCGUCGCUGGGCAGCGCCAUGGAGUCCGACGUGUGCGACGCGGCCUCGGACUGCAGCCGCGACGUGCGCUUCGCCGACCGGCGCACGGCGCGCUGCGACGGCCGCUCCAGCUCCGAGGAGACGCCCGGGCGGCCCGGCCCGCUCGUCCGCCAGAAGGCCGAGCAGGGCGAGGGCAUGCACGCAGGCAUGGCCGGCGGGCUGUGCGUCACCAAGACCGAGUCCUGCACCACCUCCCUGUCCGGCUCCACGUCGCAGGACUCGCUGCCCUCCGACAACGGCGGCGGCGCCAUCACCUACCACCGCUACUACCACGUCUUCAGGGAGGGCGAGCUGGACCAGCUCAUCGAGCGCUACGUCGAGAACCUCCACAUCAUCUCGUCCUACUACGACCACACCAACUGGUGCGUGGUGGCCGAGAAGGUGCAGGUGUGGACCAUCUAGACGCCCUCGAGCACGGCCAGCACGGCCAGCAGGGGGGUGGGGAUGUCCUUGGAGAGGACAUUCCAUCACAUACCUGGCAAUCAGUGGCGGAUCCAGAAACGGCCUGAGGGAG